AAAAAGUAGAAUUAGUGCACCUGUACAGUGUACACUGUGAUUUAUACCAACGAUAAUGCAUCGAUACUGUCGAUAUGUGGGUUUUUAGGGGUCAAUCCAAAUAAACAAACGUAAACUGGCAAAAGAUCGAUCCCAUGAAGCUGGUAUCGACCCAAAUCCCCGAUACCACCCGUGUUGUCGAUGUUGGGAUCGACACGCCCACCUCCAGCAGACAAGCUCCAAGAGCUCCGCGGCAGUUUGAGGAGAACCCGAGCGGGGAAAAACUGCGUCCGAUCCCGGAGAACUCAGAACGGGCGAACCACGAUGAGUUGGGGAACGGAGCUCUGGGAUCAGUUCGACAAUCUAGACAAACACACUCAGUGGGGAAUCGACUUCCUGGACCGAUAUGCAAAGUUCGUCAAGGAAAGGUUGGACAUUGAGCAAAAUUACGCCAAGCAGCUACGGAACUUAGUAAAGAAAUACCUUCCAAAACGCUCUAAGGAGGAGGAACCGAGGUUUACAUCAUGCUUGUCGUUUUACGCCAUACUGACUGAACUCAAUGACUAUGCUGGUCAGAAGGAGGUGGUGGCAGAGGAGAUGGGUCAAAGGGUUUAUGGAGCACUGAUGAAGUACAGUCAGGACCUCAAAGCAGACCGGAAACAUCAUCUGCAAGAGGGCAGGAAGGCUCAGCAGUUUUUGGAUCAUUGCUGGAAACAGAUGGACAAUAGUAAAAAGAAAUUUGAGAGAGAAUGUAAGGAAGCAGAGAAAUCCCAGGUGUCCUACGAGCGGUUAGACAAUGACAUCAAUGCCACAAAAUCCGACGUUGAGAAGGCCAAAGCCCAGUUUUACCUGCGAACUCACAUGGCUGAUGAGAGUAAAAACGAAUAUGCUGCCCAGCUGCAGAACUUCAAUGCGGAGCAGUGGAAACAUUUUAACAACGCCAUACCACACAUCUUUAAGAAUCUGCAAGAUAUGGAUCAGCGUCGGACCGUAAAGCUUGGGGAGACGUACCGAAGUUUUGCCGAAGCGGAACGAAGAGUCGUUCCUAUCAUUUCGAAGUGCUUAGAUGGAAUGGUUUCAGCGGCCAAAGCUGUUGAUGACAAGAAGGAUUCGGCAAUCGUCGUGGAGUCCUUUAAGUCUGGCUUUGACCCUCCUGGCGAUUUCCCUUUUGAAGACUUCAGUCAGAAUCUAAGUAGAACAGGGUCAGAUGGGACCAUCAGCAGUAAUACGCCCAAAGGAGACAGGGAUGCGGCCCCGGGGCCACGACCAGACCCAAGACACACAAUAAGCAAAGCCAAGAACAAACUCUGGCUCUUUGGCAAGAAACCAAAGUCCCCUACUUCCUCUCCUCCUCCACCACCUCCCUCCUCCUCCUCGUCCCGCCCACGAUCCUCACAACUUUUCCCUCCAAACCGGUUCAGCUCUGACCGAGUGACACAAUAUCUGUCUGAGAUAAAGACGACAGUACCCAGAAUCCCCCAGAACUUGAAAGGCCUGAGAAGAGGGGCCCCAUCGGUGGAGGACUACAGCCACUUACCCCCUGAGCAGAGGAGGAAGAGGUUGCAGCAGAGAAUUGACGAACUCAAUAAAGAGCUCCAGAAAGAGAUAGAUCAGAGAGAUGCCUUGAACAAAAUGAAGGACGUGUAUGAAAAAAAUCCACAGAUGGGAGACCCUAACAGCCUGCAGCCUAAAAUAUCAGAGACUAUGUGCAACAUGGAAAGGCUCCGUUCUGAAAUCCACAGACAUGAGACUUGGUUAUCUGAGGUGGAGGGAAAGCAGAGCUCCAGAGACAGGAGGCACAGUGCUGACAACCACCAUCACACUCCUCAAGGCAGAGAGAGCCCUGAAGGCAGUUAUACGGAAGACACCAGUCAGGAGCAUCACUCACCUCAAUUCCACUCCAGUCCCCCUCAGCCCGGACAGCCCAAUGCUGACCCCCUCGAGUUUGAUGAUGAAUUUGAUGACGAUGACCCGCUGCCGGUUAUUGGACACUGCAAAGCUUUGUACGGCUUUGACGGUCAGAAUGAGGGAACCUUAGUCAUGGCAGAAGACGAGGUCCUAUAUAUCAUUGAGGAGGAUAAAGGUGACGGCUGGACGAGGGCCAGGAAGCAGAGUGGCGAGGAAGGUUAUGUCCCCACCACCUAUGUAGAGAUCACCAUGGAGAAGAACUGCAAAGGUUCCUGAGGGCUGCAGGGUGGCCAGGCGAUUUGAUUUGGCCGGUGGAGGGCUCUUGCUGAUUGCUGAAUUUUGGUGGUGGGGGUGAGCACGAGAGAGACGAGAAAAGGAGAGAGGUAGCGAGGGGAACUAGACGAGCAAGUUUGCAUGUCUGCAUGCUCACACGUACAUUUCCAAUGCAGCAUUCUGGCUUUUGAAAGCUUGUCGGCUGAAUUAGUGAAAUAGUGUCGGAGGUCCUACCUAACUCCACGGGACUUCUGUAAAGCCGGUUUAAAAAAAACAAGUUACUGAGUCUGCAUAGUAUUCUUUGAUUGGCAAGAGAAAGUUAAGGUACACAGAAAAGCUGUAAACUAAUAGUAAGCGGAAAGAUGCUGUUUUGAUGCUCUAUUUUUGCAUUCUAGCUAUUCUAUACUUGAGUUGGAUACAAAAGUCCCAACAAAUCUUUACUAAUUCUCAGGCUGUUUUUUUAACCCUAAUAUAUUUUUGUUUAGCAUUUAAAAAAAAAAAAAAAAAAGAAUUAUAAAAGAAAACACGUUUAAUAUAUUGCAAGGUUAGUAAAGCUUUGAGCAUUUGCUGCCACUAACAAACAUCAAACUCAUUCCUUAUAUCGUCAUCUGUGCUCUGUUGGUGAUGCCUGCCCUGUCUGAGCCACUCUGGUCCUCACGCCCGCCUCCUAAGUCGCAUGCCCUUAACAUGUCAUACAUGUGUGAUUGUUUGCAGCAUGAGUUGUAUGUACCAUCUACCGUCAGCUCACUGCUCCUCUGGCAAGAUAGCAGGACUAUCUUCUUCCACCCCCCCUCUCUCUAUGAUCUUUUAUUUUCCCCCCUCUGGUGUGGCAACUCCACCCUCUAACCAGCAGGUGGCAGACUUUCUUUCCCAAACUGCAUCUGAGUUCUUGAAUAACAGCAAAAGGAUUGCAGUGUUAUUCCCAGCAGACUCUGCCUUAUUUUUGUUUUUUGUACCGGACACUUCAAUUUUCCAUGUUCCUCCCCAUUAAAUCAAUUAUAUUUGUGAAUGUGAUGACCGCGUCACACAUGUACCAAUGAGCAAAACACACAUCAGUGUGUGUACAGUCGUGGUCAAAAGUGUACAUACACUUGU